GGAAGUGGUCAUGAAAAAAAACAAAGGUACUGAAAGCAGAAGUGUUAAACUAAUUUGUCUGGCACAGAUAGACAGACUGACAGACACACACCAGCAGACUGGCAUCUAUAAGCGGCGCCAUGACAACCAACUGCUCCUUCACCGAGGUAGACCGCCUCAUGAAAUCACUGGAACUUGCCAUCUAUGUGCCCAUCUUCGUGUGCGGCCUUGUCCUCAACAUCCUGGCCCUGGUUGUCUUCUGCUUCCUCCUCCGCAAGUGGACAGAGUCCACCAUCUACAUGACCAACCUGGCCCUCCUGGACCUCCUUCUCCUCCUCCUUCUCCCUUUUAAGAUGCACGCCACCAUCCACCACUGGGAGGCCCACCACCGCUUCCUCUGCUCCUUCCUGGAGAGCCUGUACUUUGUGGGCAUGUACGGCAGCAUCUACACUAUUGCUUGCAUAGCCAUGGACCGCUGGGUGGCCAUACGCCACCCCUUCCGCGCCAAGCAGCUCCGCUCCCGCCGGGCCGCUCUGGGGAUCUGCAUCCUGGUCUGGGUGGUGGUGCUGGGGGGCACCUCACCCAUCUACUCGUUCCGCACGGCGGGAAAUGGGUCCUUCCACUGCUUCCACGGCUUCUCAGAGAAGGGCUGGCGCCCAGAUGUGAUCAGCUGCCUCUUGGGCUUUGGUUUUGUGGGGCCUGCCCUGGUUCUGGUGGUGUGUUCGGCACAGAGCAUCCGGACGCUGAGGCAGUCCGGCAAAGAGAGCCAUAAGAACAGAGCCUGUGUGAGGAUCAUCUACAGCAGUCUCUGUGCCUUCCUGGUCCCCUUCACGCCUAGCCACCUGGGCAUCCUGCUGCAGUUCCUGGUACGCCAAGACGUGAUCCAGGACUGCAUGGCCAAGACGAAUAUCAGCCUGUUCCUGCAGGUGGCCAUGAGUCUGGCCAACAUCACGUGUUGUCUGGAUGCUCUGUGUUACUACUUCAUCACCAGGGAAGUGAGGACCUCCAAGCAGACCUUUACCUUCAGGAGGUCCAGGUCUAGCAGCCAGAGAAGAGCCACCACCAGCAUCUCAGAGCUCUGACAAGACCCGUGGAGGGACAAACACUGAGCUGAACUGGUUUAAAUUAUGUUUCAACCAGUUUUGCCCACUGGGAAACUACUGUGUGUGUGAAAUCUUACUAGCUGUGUGAAAAAUUCUGCCACUGUUUGAGGACAAGGGACGUUGAGUAGGAAAUAGGAGUAUUUAUUAUUGAAAACCUAUGCAUUUUGGCCCAAUUUUUCCUUUUGACCUUCUGCAGCCUUACCUCGGACAAGAGUUAACCCUAGGAGACCAGGUGUUUUAAUAUAUUUAACUUUCACUAUAUUUCAUUGCUUCGCUUAAGUAAAAAGUUUUAAACUUCUCUGACUACCACAAAAUACUUUUAAAGAGCUGAAGCAAUUCAAACAACAUUUUCUUGGAAAUGUUCCAUUUGAUUACAAUUGUUUGGGCCUUGUGCAAUGCCAUCUAUAUGUGUACUGUAUGUUCUGAGAAGGGACUCAUGAGACUUUGUCAUCAGAUGAGGGAUGUGGGCUAAGACAGCACACCCCUAGUUUCAACUGACGGCAUACGGAGAAAACCUCAUUUGUCUGUGCGUAUGCUGACUGUCGCUGUGGUUACGAUAAAACACAUGUACACAAACUAUGCCUUCAGAAAGUAUUGCUCUCUCUGUACAUCCAAGGGCCAGCCGUGCUGACCUGUUUUGAGCCAAUUGCAAUUGUGGCACCUGAC